CUUGAGUGGAAAAUAACAAAAAAAGACAGAAAAAAGUGCAGUUUUGUCCAUAGAAUUUGGAGCCGGUUAGCUUAAUUAUAAAUUUUCUCGUGAAGAAAUGGAGAUUUCCACCUUCAGAAACAUAGCUGAUUUCGGAACUAUGGAUGAUUCUCUCUUUUUCCAGCAAUGGCCAAUAAUGGAUGAUUUCAACUCAAUUUCUUGUGCCUUUUCGGAAGGGUUUCAUCACUCCUACAUCCCGAAUCCGCCUCUGCCGGACCUCAAGAGGGCGGCAGAGGCGGGCCCGGGCGGGGAAACCCGGCCGUCGAAGCAGCUGAAGCAAGAGAGGAUGUCCAAUUCACCCCCUCCAUUGACAAGCUUUGCACAUAGCCCUAUUGUGGGAGUUGUGAGGCCUAAAGAGGAGACAUGGUUCCCUCAAACCAUUGACCAAACCUCGAAUAAUGUGAUCAAGCCAUGCCAUGGGAUCAAGAGGAUCAACUCAUCCAACACCAAGCUUGCUCAAGCACAAGAUCACAUCUUGGCUGAGAGAAAGAGGAGGGAGAAGCUUAGCCAAAGGUUCAUCGCAUUGUCGGCCCUCGUCCCCGGCCUCAAAAAGAUGGAUAAGGCCUCGGUUCUCGGAGACGCAAUCAAGUACAUGAAGCAGCUCCAGGAAAAGGUGAAGGCGCUAGAGGAGAAGGCGAAGAAGGCGACCGUGGAAUCCGUGUUGUUCAUCAAGAAAUACGAAGUGAGCGGUGGAGAUGGCACCGGCGAUCGGGAUUCCUCCAACGAGGCUGCCGUCUGCGAACCGCUCCCGGAGAUUGAAGCGAGAUUCUGCGACAAGGAUGUGCUGAUUAGCAUCCACUGCGAGAAGAGGAAAGGGGUUUUGGAGAAAAUCGUUGCAGAGAUUGAGAAGCUCCAUUUGUCGGUUGUCAACAGCAGCGCCAUGACUUUCGGAGAUUCUUCCCUUAGCAUAACAAUAAUCGCACAGAAGGAUGGCGAGUCCGGUGUGAACAUGAAGGAACUGGUGAAGAGUUUACGCAGUGCUAUCGUAUGAAGGAAUGCAAGUUGUUGAUGAUACGGCGACGAUAUAUCUAUAUCUAUAUAUAUAGUCUUUUUACUUGAUUUUCGUGUUGAGUAGCUAUCCACCAUUUUUGAUGGCAUCGAUCAUCACCUCUAGAGUUUUGUUAUGGGGUUUAUUUUGAAGAAGGGUUUUAUUUUUUUCCCAACUCUCUCAUGAGUUGGUUUUUUUCAUGGUUCAAAAAUAGUUUUGGCCAUGUUUCUAUAGAUACAUACCCUUCUGUUGUAACUACCUCAUAGCCUAGUUAGCUAGGGUUUUCAUUUUGGUGGAUGGUGAGAGACAGGAAGUUAAGGUUGUUGUGAUUUUUGAGACUUUUGAGAAUUUUUGUUCUUGAUUUGGUCUCUUUAUGCUAUUUAAAAUGUG